AUGGCCCAAGAGGAUGGAGAGGCAGUGAUGGCCAACCACAGAAGUGAUGAGGAGAUGGGCAAAGAUGCAGAAGAUCUGACAAAAGGCAUGCAGACACCCUGCGGGAGCCCUGAGGACAAGAGAGAGAAGGCUCUGCUACGGGCACGCCUGGAAGAGCAGCACCGCCUUAUCUGUAUCCUGAAGAAAAAAACAGACGAUGCACACAAACGCUACAGGAGCCUGGAGCAGCUUAACGUGGAACUGGAGAAACUGAGGCUAGAGGAUGCUGUGAAACUAAAAACCCAAACCCAGCGGAUUCAGUACUUGGAGAAUUUGGCCAAUAACCUCGAAAAAACGAUCUACUCCAAGGACGAGCACAAGAAACAGAACGCACAGCUGAAGGAGGAAAACCAGCACAUGCAGAAGGAGAACGAAACCGUCCUCAGCCAAGCAGCGAAGGACAAGGAGGCUGAAAUGCUCCAGCUUGCUGCCCAGGCCAGAGAGCUCUCGCAGCAGCUGGAUGCUCUGCAUGACAAAUGUGCUUGUGAGAGAUCCAGGGCCCAGCAGCUAGAAAAGGAGCUCCUGGAAGCGCAGAGCCAGCAAGCAAAUGCCUGUAUCUUGCAGGUUGACUCCUUAAGACAACAGCUGCAGCGCCUACAGGAGGAGCACCAACAAAUGGUGGAACAGCUAGAGCAUGGAGAAAGCCAGCAGAAGGCUCAUGAUGCCGAGCUGCAGGCCAAGCUGGAGAGGGCAAAUGAGGAGAAAGAGCAGCUGCUGAACCUGGCCAGAGAAAGGGGCAAAGCUCUGCAAGAAAAGCAACAGGAAAUUAUGCAACUGGGGAGGAAGCUGGAGAUGGCAGAAAGAGCCAAAUGGAGAGCAGAGAGGAACAUUGUUAAAGAAGUGGCAGCAAACUAUGAUCUGAAGGUCCAAGAGCUCCAGCAAGAGCUGAAAAACAGCCAGCAGGCUUACAGCGAGCUCUCGCUGCAGUUUGAUGCUUACAAAAAGCACAGUAUGGAUUUACUGUCCAAAGAAAAAGCACUGAAUGUCAAACUUCGUCACUUUAAGGCAUAAAACGUCAGCAUUCUGCUCGGUUCUUAGCAGGUACCACUUCACUGAUUUCUGUUCUUGUUUGUGCA